AUGACCGUAACUCGGCAAGUCUCUCCAGCAGCAUCAGCCACGACCAUUUCUUCCACCGUGAACAGCACGACCCGGGAAGGUGAUCCCGCCGAAACCUACUCGUUCACCAUUGUGAACCAGUCCGGUGUCAGCCAGAGCUACGCGAUAUUCUGCAAAGAACCAGCUGUCCAUCCCCCCGCACAUGGACUCGUCUCGCACGCUGUUCUCGUUGCACACGGAGUUGCAUCUGGGUCUGGCACAGCAUUUCUCGCCCUGCCUCGCACCGAGCUCUACGCUCUCUGCGGCACGAAUUACAUGGAUGGAUCUGUACAAGUUCGUGUCUUAGAUCGCCGUCAAGUUUCCCUGGGAACAGGCUCAUCCGACACACUGCGCCAUGGCACGACCUGUGUGACUCAAGUGACUUCAGCCACCCCUUCCUUCGACCUAUGGGGGGGGGCAGCAGAUGAUCGUGGAGAGGUUGGCGCGUUCUGCAUCGAGACCGGAGCGGAUUUCACGUAUGAGCAAGCUGCCGCCAAAAACUUCAUCCUCGGCCUCGGCCUCAGCUCCUCCGGACACGAACUUGUUGGUCUCUACGCUUCCUUCACUCCAGUUCCGCGGACAACAUAUCAGAUCUGGCCCAGCAAAACAUUCUACGUUGUGCCUGAACGAACGGAAGUCAACGCCCCAAGGACUGCUACGGAUCUUCGAACUGCGUAUGAAAUUGACUUUACUAUGCGCCUGCCACAUGUUCAACUACAGAAAUAUGUCUCCUUCAGUAUCUCGUAUGACUGGACGGAGAGAGUCAAGCCCGAAGUCGGUUGCCAAGUUCGGCUUAUUUGGGUCGAAAGAAUGCCAUCUCAGGCGGAAAAGGCUAGCGACAGCAAUGGAUAUGCAUGA